AUGAACUUCAACUUUGGGGGAUGGAAAGACAAUAGAGUGGUCUACUCUCAUGCGUACAUCAAGAGGCUGGCUGCGCAUCUCUUUGGCCAUGCGCUGGGGUUACCUCAUGCUCAAGUGAAGCAGACUUUAUCGUACAACAAACCUAGACUUGAAAAGCUUUGCGGUGCUUACUACGCUGCUAUGAUUCAGUCCGCAACAGGUUUCCAGAAGCUACAGGACAGCGACUCAAUUAUGCACCACGAGCUCCCAUCUGCUCUGAGAGGCAGCGGCGCAGAUGUACUCCAGGGCGGUCAUGGCAUUGACAACGAGGCACGCAGCCUUCAGAAGUCGCUAUAUCCUGCGUGGCCGAAGCCCUCAUGUGGCGUCUAUGGGGCCAAAAGCAUCGCCAGCUUCAACAAGGGAGGUGGCUGGCCUCUGUCGACUGUAUAUGGGCACUAA